UCACAAUUGCUGACACCACAACAAAACACGCAAGACAUUUUCUUGCUGGAAUUUCUUUUUGAAGCAAGUUUUUAUAUUUAGAAAACAAUUAAUAUAUUUUUUUACAACUAUUUUAAAGAUUUCAUGAGUUAAGUUUUAAUAACAAUAGUCAGACAACUCAUUUCUCUUCAAAAGAAAGAUAGGAUUUCACUUUCAUUUUCGUAAAGACGGUUAAGUAAAUAUGGACCACCACGGCCUGCAUGCGCCAGUCAAUAAGUCCCUCGAUGAAAUGACUGACGAGGAACGUUUGAGAUAUGAACAUCAAAUGAGGCAUGAAAGACAUAAAGGCCAUGAAGCAAUGCAUUCCGAAAUGGUAUUAAUAUUGUUUAUAACACUAAUUGCAGCACAAAUUAUUUUGGUGCAAUGGCAAAAACAUCAUUACAGAUCAUAUUCGGUGGUUUCACUAUUGGCGAUGUGGAUUAUACCGCUGGGUAUAUCGGUGUUUCAAGUGUGGCCGCGCUUUAUAGUAAUUUGGAUAUUGUUUUCAAGUAUCACAACUUUUGUUAUCAGGAGAGCAAUCAGCAAACCUAUAGAAGGAUCUACACCAAGAUUAGUUUACAAAUGGUUUUUGUUUAUAUAUAAAUUAAGUUAUGCACUGGGCAUUAUCGGUUAUCUGAUAAUGAUGGCCACAUUUAUGGGUUUCAAUUUUAUAUUUAAUCAAGCGCCACAUGUAUGGAUGGAUAUUGGUUUAUUAAUUGUAUUCUACGGUCUGUACAUCGGGGUGCUGGGUCGCGAUAUAUCGGAGAUAUGUUCAGAAAAAAUGGCUGCCAUUAUAGGGUAUUACACGCCGCAAGGUAUACCAACGCGACACUUAAAGCAAAAUGUUUGCGCUGUGUGCGGCAAUCAACUAUUGGUUAGUGAACAGGAAGAAGGUAUCAUUGAAAAUACCUACAAGUUAUCCUGCAAUCAUGUGUUCCAUGAAUUUUGCAUACGGGGCUGGUGUAUUGUGGGUAAAAAGCAAACCUGCCCAUAUUGUAAAGAAAAGGUCGAUCUAAAAAAAAUGUUUUGUAAUCCUUGGGAACGACCUCAUGUUUUGUACGGACGAUUACUAGAUUGGUUAAGAUUUCUUGUAGCUUGGCAACCGUUAAUAUUUUUUUUUGUUCAGGGUAUUAAUUGGGUAUUGGGCUUAGAAUAAUAAUAACUACCUCGCAGCACACCAAACACACGCCACAUGUAUAUGUGUAUAUAUAUAUAUAUACAUAUAAAUAUAUAUAUAUAUAUAUAUAUAACGAAUACCUGCAACAAUUGAAGUAGACUCUAGUCGCCAUAUGCUGUAAAUUUUCCGUAUCGUCUGUCCAGUGCACUAAUUUUCCAUAAUUGAUAAUAUAAACUUAUUGACCAACACACACAAAAAACCAUGUGUUAUAUUUUAAUAAAAACGGAAAAUUGAAAAAUGCAUUAAAGUUUUUAAAGAACACCG